AUGGAUCCUUCCGUCCCCAUUGGAGAUGAGUACAAGGCGUACUCGGCGAAAAGCAUGGCAGCAUAUCGAGCCCCCAGCCUUUUGCAACCGCACAAAGCCCGCCGAGCUAUUUCCGACGCCCAUCAUGGCCGAAUACCCCCAUUGAUCGGCUUUUUCUCCACUUUGGCCUCUCUCGCCAUCACAAAGCUUGUGGCUCAGCUUGGAUUUGAUUUCAUUUGGAUAAAUUGGGAGCAUUCAAACAUGUCAGUGGAGACCAUGACUGAGACAAUUCAUCAAAUUCAACUGGUAAGCGAGAGUAAAACCGUAGCUUUAGUACGAAUCUUAGGACAUGAUCACGCCGCUAUUGGUUAUGCGCUGGAUGCUGGCGCAAGUAUUGUCGAAUCACUGAAAGGUAUUAACAACCUUGACUCUAUUCUUAUGGCCAUAGGAGAGCAUAUUGACUUUGUAUGGCUCGGCAAUCUUGACUGCCGCGUGUCUAUGGGUCUACUAGGUUUCUGGGGUGAAGAGCCAGAGUGGGUUAGUGCUCUGGAGACGCUUCGAACGACGUUGGCAAAGCACAAUAUGCUAUACUCCGGAUUAGCGACCAGAGAUGACGAGUGGCUCAUUUCGAGGGGGGACGGGAGGUCCCUGAUGUUCACUUCCUCUGAUAGUUUUGCUUUGCUGAGAGCUAGAGAAGAGCUACGUCAUGCAAAGGAGCUAUUUGCUGUGAAGGAUUACUCGACCCUAGGGUGA